AUGGCAGAAAUCUUGGGGCUGAUCGCCAGCGUUAUUACUCUCGCGCAUGUUCUCGAUGCGACUGUGAAGCGAGCCAGACCGUUCUUUAAGGCUGAAAAGGAAUUCCAAAAAUUACAGGCAAGUUUGUCCGAAAGCGCUCGAAUGUCAUCUUUGAUCGCUGAGAUCAAAGCCGAAAGCCUAGAUUCUUCCAGUGGGCGCCUGACGGCCAUUUUGCUCGACUCUCAACGGACUAUCGAGCAGCUCAAUCGCAUCAUUCAAGGAAAGCUUCUCAGGCACAAGAAUGGUACGGAUCGAGCGCGACGCAAAUCAUGGUUCAGACACAAAUCCAAGGUCGUGAAGCUACAGUCAGCACUUCGAGCUUUAAGAGACGAUCUUCUUGCUACCGUAAAUGUAAACAAUCCUCAUAACGCUGCCGGGUUGAAAGAUGCCUCUGUGAGGCUUGACAGGAGAGUAGAGGCAAUACACAAAAACCUUCUUGAUGCCAACCGCACGGUCUCGCUACACACUAGCGCCAUGCUAAGCAUCCUUAGCUCUCUGCACGCAUCCAGCCAUUUGGAGAGCAUGCCAUUGGAAUCAAGAAUGCUCUAUCGAGGAUUUUUGGCUGAAGCCCUGGAAAGCAAUAAUUCCUUGACCACGGAAAGCAUUUUCGAAAAUCGCACACAGCCUACUGAUGACCGAGAUCCUGGUAAAGUUGAAUCAGGGUCCCACCUUCCUUUGUGCGCCGAGCCUGCUUCAUUGCUCGAGUUGUCCCACAACUUCUUGCCGGAAAGCUACACCAGCACAAGCUUAAUUCCAAAAAUGAUCAUCACCUCAUUUUACGAACAAAGCACUUCGACUCUCUCAAGGACGGAUGGCUAUCAAGUCCUUUACUUCCAGUCUCCACGGCGAUGGUUCCACAUCAACGCCUUGCUUGAGAUACCGCAGUCUUCUGUCUAUUGGGCGAACACCAAGGUCUUGGAACAAGGGCACUACAAAGGGCGCAAGUUCUUCGCUGCGUCUUCUAUACCAGGCUCGCUGCUCAGGAGAUUACAACAGGGCAUGGAUAAACUUGGCACUAUUCAAAAGAGAGCCCGCCAUCGGUUCGUAAUCUCUAAUAACGACACCGUGAGACUAGAAGGACUUGAAUCACCACAGUCCACACCACCUCACGCAAUCUACAAUACGCCCCACAAAACAUCAUAG